CCCUGACAUUUGAAGAGCUCCAGGGAUUCAGUGAGCAUGCUCAGUCCUUCCGUCCUGCUAGAAAGAGGAAGCUAGUUUACAUACCAAGUCAUACCAAGCAUAGCCAGCAUGUCAGUGCAGUUAACUUGCAGCGGGGCUGUGAGGAAAACUAGCGUGUCUUUGUCCUAGGAAAUGUGCCUCGUUUUUUGGCCUUUUUUUAAAAUGCUUUUUUAAUUUGAAGAAAGAUUCGUAAGGACUUCUGAAACUGUAUUUUAAAUUCUAAGGCAAGGAUAACGAUCAAAUCCAGCUUCCCAAUAAACCCUUGAGGGGUUUAGUGUAUGUGCGCGCUUUGAGGUUUCUUUUUGUGUGCUUGCUUUUUUCUUUUUCUUUUUUUUCCCUUUUUUAAACUUUUACAGACUUUAUUUUGAUAGUUUGAGGCUGGGCCUCGCCUUUUUUUUUUUUUUUGUGAAGUUAAUAAAAAGAGCCAGGUGCUCCUGAGCAAUAAUUGAUUUUUGAAUCCUCUUUACCGUAUUUUGGGGCAAAAGCAAACAAGCUGGUUUUCUCUGCUAAGCCCAAUAAAUGCUAUUUAUGAAGAUGGACCUGUUGAACUACCAGUACUUGGACAAGAUGAACAACAAUAUUGGCAUUCUGUGCUACGAAGAUAAAGAUCUGCCACUCGGUCUUAUCCUAGGUCCAAAGAGAUUAAGGAAAGGAGUAGCAGAGAGCCUAGUACCUAGUAAGACUUCUUCAGGAGCAGGUGAAGCUGCUCUAAGAGGUGAACCCAGAAUGCAAGCCCUUCCUGUGCCCUCUGCCUUGACCAAUCAUCGGACAGGGCCCCCUCCCAUCAGCCCCAGCAAGAGGAAAUUUAGUGUGGAACAAGGGGAUGAUGACCUAGACUGUGAAAAUGACCAUGUUUCCAAGAUGAGUCGCAUCUUCAGCCCCCAUUUAAGCAAGAAUGGGGAUUGCCGGAAAGAACACCGGGAGAGAAGCCGCAGUCCCAUUGAACGUGCUGUGGCUCCCACCAUGAGUCUGCAUGGCAAUCACAUGUAUGCCUCCAUCCCCAGCAUCACCAUGGAGCAACCUCUUGCACUGACCAAAAACAGCAUGGAUGCCAGCAGGACAGUUGGCAUCUCCCCAACAUUGACUCCUGUGGAACGCCAGCAGAACCGCCCCUCAGUUAUCACCUGUGCCUCUGCAAGCAACCGUAACUGCAACCUCUCCCACUGCCCCAUUGCCCACAGUGGGUGCGUCUCAUCUACACCAGCAAACUACAGGCGGCCCCCAAGCACUACCACUGCAUGCGACCCUGUGGUGGAAGAGCACUUCCGUCGGAGCCUCGGCAAGAACUACAAGGAACCGGAGCCCGUGGCAAACUCUGUGUCCAUCACGGGGUCGGUGGACGACCACUUUGCCAAAGCACUGGGCGACACAUGGUUGCAGAUCAAGGCUGCCAAGGAUGGGGCGUCCAGCAGUCCCGAGUCCGCUUCCAGGAGAGGGCAGCCGCCCAGCCCUUCUUCCCACAUGGUCAAUCACAAUCACUCCCCCUCUGUUGUCUCCUGAAGAGAGGACCACCAUCGCCUCCUCUCCUGGAGAACAAGUGAAUCUGCAUGGUUUGCCUGAGCUUUGAACAGUCGAUGCUUAAAUGGAAAAUAGUGUGGGGAUGGGGGUAGGGGACGGGUGGGGGUGGGGAAAGGUUAGUUUGCAACGUCUUUUUUUUUUUUGUACUUGCUUGGUAUUUGUACAAGGGUGCCCUCAAACAUGAUAGCAGGAACUACGUGUGAAACAUCCGUAUAAUGUAGCAUCCUUACUUCCUGCCUCAGUUACCAAAGAAACCUCUGAUGCAGGUCUGCUGACCCUCUGAAAGGAACCGAAAUCUGCAAUGCGCACGCGCGGCUUGCUUGCUUGCUCACUGAAAGCCAUGAUGACAGGUGGUUGACCCAAAAUGCUUUGUGCUUUCAAUUAGCUUCUCGAGACUAGACUUGUGGUUGCUCCCAUUGCUUUCUUCGUUCAGUCAUUUUGUAUGUAUAUACUUGAAAAGAACUGUCAUGUAUGAUUUGCACUAUUGGAGGAGGACUAGUUGCCUGGCAACUUUAGGCAAGAUGCUAGUAUUCUGAGGGCAAACUGCUGAAAACAAGGGUUUAAGAACGACGUUUCUGUCCAUUGGUGUGUGUAUUCUCGCUCUCGCUCUUUUUUUUCCCCAACAAAACCGCUUGGAAGAGGAAGUCUCAUACAGGUUAUAGGUCUUUCUCUCUAGUUUUCAGGUGCUUGGUGCUUGCAACUGGACUGCAUUACUCGACCGAACACGGGCAUUUUAGUUUUUCUAAACACUGCAGUUUGUUAGACUAGAGCUGAGGUUGGAGGGUUCAAUAGUGCUUUAAAAGAUGCAUGUUUUAUGGAAAAAAAUAGCUGGUAUCUAUUAAUGUAUAGACAGUUUUAAAACCAUAAUACUUACUAGCUUCUGUUCAGAAUUAGUUUAUUUUUGUCAGUUACAGUCCUAGAUAUACUCACUGCUGGUACAGUUGUACUCGAAGAUUUUUGUAUUUGGUAUUCACUUUACUCACAGCUGGCUCUGGAGGGAAUUCCCAGACGGCCCUCCUGAGCAGAGCGCUUCGGUAGAUGAUCAUCCCGGGUUGGCCCAGGGCCGUCGUCAUCAAUUUUUGCGCAGCGUUCUGUGUUUUCGACAGAUUUGCUUCCUGAGGCUUCAGGAUUUGUCCUCAAACUCCCCUAGAUGCAGAAACUGCUCCCUUCCAACUCUUGGCUGAACAACAGAUUAAGGACAAUCUGUGAAGCGAUGUUUUUUGUGCUUACUCGUAAGCCUGGGCCAAGGCAAUGUACAUUCCUCCAUUAGAAGACUUUAUACAGUUAUUACUGCAUUUAUUCUCAUUUGCUAUAUUAAUAGCUACUAACUAGAAAUUAGGGAAAGAGGAAAGCAUGGCAAACACCACGGCUGUGGAAGUGACAGCAGCUUCUCUUUAUUUUUCUUAUUAAAUGACACCCCUGGCCCUCACCCCCCCCCCCCUUCCCUUUUGUCACCUUCCCCUUCCCCGUACGACAUUCCAGCCUCCCCCCAGUGCGGUUCCAUCAGGAGCCUUGGAUCCUGGGUCACCUGGCCAGACCCGGGGCACUCUAGGAAAUUGCUGCUGAGUUGUAUGGUGACGGCACAACUCGUGACCUCGCAUUGGGGCCAUCGUCACUUGUUUUCAGUUGGAGGAGCUUGAAGUGGAGCUGUUAAAUUUGGAAAGGGUGCAGGGCGGGAUGAAAAGCGGCUCGGCUCUCCCUUGCAUUCCUAGGGAGGGUGGCUGGUGCCGAGGUGGCGUUGCUGUUGUUAUCGCUGGUUUUGUUUUUGAGGGAGUGUCUCUCUCUGCACCCCAACUCCCCUCGUCCCCCCACCGCCCCACUUCCCGUACAUUUCACUACCGUCUUUCUGGUAGUCGAUGCUUCCUUGCUUUGGCAUUCAGGCCCCUACUCUCUGUAGGAAAACCAUUGAGAACACUUUUUUUUAUAUAGGGAACUUUAAGACCAUCAUUACGCUGUGCGUAAAGAAUGUACAGAGAAAUUUGUAGGUAUUUUUUGAGGAACAAUUAAUUUGUUAAUGAUAUGUAGCUAUUUAAUUUUUCCCUUUCCUAUUGUAAUCAUUCAUUUUUUUGUUUGUUUGGAGAAAAAAGUUGAUCUUUUUUUGUUUUAGAGUUGUCUGUGAUAACAGUCAAAGUGCAGGAACACAGUUAUUCUAUGAGAACACCGCAUCUGCAUUAAUAGCCACUAGUUUAUCGCUACAGGCUACUGAGUGUUGUAACAGGAAAAUACUAACACUGUAGAUGGAUUCUGUGGACAGUGUGACUCCCAAUGACAUUUCUGGAACAACAACGUGGUGAAGACCAGGAAAGCAAACAGUGUCAAUAAGAGCUGGGUCCCUGGGGCGAUGACUUAUCUGCGAUAGGUCACGACAGAGGUGGGAUGGGACAGAUUGAAUGGGAUAGGACAAGCCCUGGCCCAAAUGCUCUGACUGAGCAGCGUGGGGAGAGGGGAACCAAACAUUUCACGGGGAAGGAAUGAGCUCCCUGAUCUAAAAAAAGCACAGUGAAGUUUCUUCACCAAGCUGAGCUAUCUGCAGUUCAUUCUGGACCAUUCUCUCCAUGUUUGUAAAUCUGUAAUAUACCAUUCUCUGUGGCCUGUUUCACCUGAAUGAAGAAGAAAAAAAAAGGUUUGGCAGGCCAUCUUUUUUUGUACUUAAAAGUAGCCUUAAAGAACAAUAAAGUGCUCUUAAAACCA